AUUAUGCAAGUAAAAAGUAGGCCUACCUAUAUUUCUCGCCAGAAAUGUUAUUAGAAACACGUUUAAUGGUGAAUCGGUCCUAAAAUAUUGCAUUUCCCAUUCAGAUAAUCAAGAUUAAUAAAGAUCAUACACAUUCACUGACUGAAGAUAAUGCAAGGGAAAAGUAUAUUUCUCGCUAGAAAUGUUAUUAGAAACACGUUUAAUGUUGUAUCUGUCCUAAAAUAUUGCAUUUCCCAUUCAGAUAAUAAAGAUUAAUAGGCUACGUAACAAUUUCACCAAAUGCUGGGAGAACGUCUCGCCCCCUGUUGGUGCUAUUCCUCCAUUCAAGAUGAGCGGAAGAAAGAGUGCUCCUCACGCUUUGGUCAGGCAAAGCGUGACACUGAACACUCCUCGGGUUGGAAUGUGACACAUAUUCACGUCUAAUGCAUUAAUUUAAAAAAAUGCUUUGGGAGUUGCAAACUUUUAGGAUUUAUUUUUUCUCUCCUGCACAAUAUAACAGUGACACCCUCUCUUCAAUUCUUCAUUGCAGGUGCACAAAUGCCAGUGAGUGUACUAAUCAAAAUGUAGAAAAACUCCAGUUGCAUAAGGUGCAAAACCCAUUGAUACUCUAUCAUAAUAUUUGUCAUGGACAAAAUCUUAAUUCCGAGAUUGCAUUCAGAAUUUUUUGAUUAAAGUCAGAAUUCUUCGAAUAUAGUCAGAAUUCUUAAAAUGAAAAUCGGAAUUUGGAGUUUAAUCUCACAGGGUAAUCCAACUUUCUAAAGGGAGUAGCCUACCUAAAUUCAGAGAGAGAGUCACGUUGACAUAGCCUACUACAGGGGAAAGCUUACCGAAGAAAUCGGAUGUAAAAAGGUGUUGCUUGUUCGAGGAUCCCGUUUUUUUAGUUCUGAGUUUAAAGUCAGAAUUCAGAGAAUAAAAUCAGAACUGUAAUCAGAAUUUGCGAUUGGGCAAACGGGUUGUCCAUCUCUGAACAGCAUCCCCACGCCUCCUAUGGCUCUACACAGGUCACAGGUGCACAGGUGCACUUUCGCUCCACAUUUCACCAAGAUAUGUGGUAAAAAAAAAAAAAGUGAAGGCGCAUAUGGGGCUUGUCAUUUGUGAGCGGAAAAAUGCAGAUGAGUCUCGCAGAGGCAGAAUGGCUAGUAAAAUAUUAGUAAACGUGAGAAAAUAUUAUAAAGGUGUGCAAUUGUCAUUUCAUGAUUCACAUACUAAUUCAUCCAUUUACUUUUCCAAAUGUCCUGAUUCGUCAAAAGCAUUUCUAGAGCCAUUGGAUUUUGAUACUGAAAAUUAUUUAAUUCAUUAGUAUAUACGGAAUUACUGAAUAUAGUCACAGUUGCCCUGCGAACCCAUUUCAAUGUAACACACAACAAUGGCAACGCCGCUUUCACUACUGUCUUUACCGACACAAGCGUCUAUGGUUUUCAAUAUUUUUCCUUUUUGCCCGAUAGGAUACAUUGGUUGAAUAAAAUUCAACACUAAUCUUUAAGAUCACCAGAUUUUAAAAGUGUCAGCCUCAAUUUACAGGCUCUCCAGUAACUCUUUCGAUGUACAAGACGAAAACCGUAACAAUUUGGGCCGGGGAAUCAGGAGACGCUUGAGCUGUGAUUGGGCGGAAUUGUCACGACCCGGGUCAAAGGGCGCAAUUGACAGCUCGAUGGACCAAUGGCUGGCGCAAACAUGAGCCCAAACGCAAAUGACAGUGAGGCCAACGGAAGUGAGAGAGCUUAACUUUGCACCAGCAGCAAAGCAUUGGGUCAGAGAACAUGGAUGUAUGGCUCCGGACAUAUUAGUGUCGUGUUAGCCUCUGGGAUGCAGACAUGUAUAACAACACCGAGCUACUCGAGGAGCAGAAGUCCAUGGACCGAAGUGGCGACCCGAGCAGCCCCAUCAGCGUCAUAUUAGUCAGCUCGGGCAGUCGAGGAAACAAGCUGCUCUUCCGCUACCCCUUCCAGAGGCUCGCAGAAUGUCCGUCGUCCCCAGCUAAACAACGAAGUCCAUAUGCAUUGGUGAACACAACUGGGGAUGUGCUUGAAGAUCAGGAUGGAGAUUCAAGGGAGCAAACUCCACUAACUGACGAACAGUUGGUGUCAGGGUUCUCCGACAUUAUCCUUGCCACAAUCCUGGCCACCAAGUCUGACAUUUGUGGGAAGAAGUUUGAGCUGAAAAUAGACAAUGUGCGUUUUGUGGGCCACCCUACUCUCCUCCAGCACCCGCACGUCAUUCAGGUUUCCAAAUCGGAUCCUUCUCCAAAGAGGGAAAUGCCGACCAUGAUCCUGUUUAGUGUGGUGUUUGCCCUGAGGGCCAACGCGGACCCCUCGGUUAUCGGCUCCAUGCACAAGCUGUCCCGCCGCAUCGCCAUAGCCCUGCAGCACGAGGAGCGGCGCUGCCAGUACCUGACCCGCGAGGCCAAGCUGAUGCUGGCGGUGCAGGACGAGAUCACCAACAUCACAGAGACUGAUGAAAGCCCCCAGUCUCCUUUCCGGCAAAUUCUUCCUAAAUGUAAGCUGGCCCGGGAUCUGAAGGAGGCUUAUGACAGUCUUUGCACCACCGGAGUAGUGAGACUACACAUCAACGAUUGGCUGGAAGUGAGCUUCUGUUUACCUCAUAAGAUCCACCGGAUUGGAGGCAAUUACAUUCACCCAGAAGCGUUGGAACAAAGUCUCAAAGCAAUAAGGCCGUACCACGCUCUGUUGCUGCUGGACAGCGAGAAGGCCCUGUUAAACCAGCUACCUCUGGACUGCUCCCCUGCUGUGGUUCGCCUCAUUAAGACCUGCUCACCCGUCAAGAACCUGCAGCAGCUUGCCCAGGACGCCGACCUAGCCUUGCUUCAGAUAUUUCAAAUUGCUUCACACUUGGUAUACUGGGGCAAAGCCAUCAUCAUCUACCCAUUGUGUGAAAAUAACGUCUACAUGCUGUCCCCGCAUGCUGACAUCUGCCUGUACUCCCCGCUGGCCCAGUUGUUUGCUGAACAGUACCCCAAUCACGACCUGCCGUCCGUUCUGGCCAAAUUCUCCCUGCCCUACUCACUAGCAGAGUUCAGAAACCCUCUGGAGGCCCCUGUGCAUGAGGCCCAGCUGAUCCAGAUGGUGGUGUGGAUGCUUCAGCGGCGCCUGCUGAUCCAGCUGCACACCUACGUCUGCCUGCUGGUGGCGCCCAGCGAAGACGAGCCCGGCAAGGAGCAGGAGCCCCCCCUGGUGGCCAGGGUGGGGGGCCGCAGCCUCAGCACCCCCAGCGCACUCAGCUUUGGGUCCCCGACCAGCAGCGAUGACAUGACACUGACGAGCCCCAGCAUGGAGAACUCGAGCGCCGAGCUGCUGCCCGGGGGGGAGUCCCCCAUGAACAAGAGGAUGACCGAGACGCUGCUGGCCAGCCUGACGGAGCACGAGAGGCAGGUGAUCCUCAGCAUCCCGGCCGCACAGAACCAGGAGGACCUCCGCCUGUUCGCCAGGCUGCUGCACUACUUUCGAGGUCACCACCAUCUGGAGGAGAUCAUGUACAACGAGAACAUGCGCCGCUCGCAGCUCAAGACGCUGUUCGACAAAUUCCGCAGCGUGCUUGUUGUCACCAACCACGAGGACCCCAUCGUGUCCAUCUUCCAGUCCCCCACGGAGGCCACAGCGUGAAGGGGAACCCGGUCUGCCACACUGGUAGCAGGCUCUGCUUCUGGAACAUCUCCAUCAACGAGAGACGACUACGCACAACAAUGUGUCAAAACUUUUGCCUUCCGGGGAAUGACAGAUUAUUAAUGUGUUGACGUGAAUAAAUUAUUUUAUACAUA